GUGUCCCAACGGUCCAACCUCCUUACUUAAUUUCUGUUGAUUUUUCUGCUCAUCUACCUUACCAGUACUACGAUACCAUUCCCACACUACUCUCCCUUCAUCUUUACAAUAAAUCCAUUGCUGCUACUCUCAUUUUUUUCAUAAAUAAAUCAACCCCUCUCUCUUUUUCCUCCUAACAUCAACAUGGAUUGUUGCAUAAUCAGUAAACUCAAAACCCAACCAUUCUGGUUCCUCAUUCUCUUCUCCCUCGGUCUCUUCACCAUUCUCAGAUUCACUCUUCUUCUUCUCAACUGGUUCUAUGUCAAUUUUCUCAGACAACCCAAAAACCUCAAAAACUAUGGAUCUUGGGCCCUCGUUACUGGACCCACCGAUGGCAUUGGAAAAUCCUUCGCCUUUGAACUCGCUCGCAAAGGCUUGAACCUAAUCCUCGUUGGUCGUAACCCCGAAAAACUCAAAGACGUUUCAGAUUCCAUCAAAGCCAAAUUCGGUAAAACCGAGGUUAAAACCGUUGUCGUUGAUUUCACCGGUGAUCUCGACGACGGUGUUAAGAGGAUUGUUGAAACGAUUGAUGGGUUGGAUGUUGGGGUUUUGAUUAACAACGUGGGGAUUUCGUAUCCUUAUGCGAGAUUUUUCCAUGAAGUUGAUCAAGAGCUUUUGAAGAAUUUGAUUAAGGUUAAUGUUGUUGGAACUACUAAGGUUACUCAAGCUGUUUUGCCUGGGAUGUUGAAGAGGAAAAAGGGUGCUAUUGUUAAUAUUGGUUCUGGUGCUGCUAUUGUUAUUCCUUCUGAUCCUCUUUAUGCUGUUUAUGCUGCUACAAAAGCGUACAUUGAUCAAUUUUCUAGAUGUCUUUAUGUUGAAUACAAGAAGAGUGGGAUUGAUGUGCAGUGUCAGGUUCCAUUAUAUGUGGCAACAAAGAUGGCAUCAAUCAGGAGAUCUUCAUUCUUUGUUCCAUCAACAGACGGCUAUGCAAAAGCAGGUGUGAAAUGGAUAGGAUAUGAACCUCGUUGCACACCAUACUGGCCACAUACCCUUCUAUGGGCCGUGGCACGUUCGCUGCCAGAGUCUAUAGUUGAUACUUGGCGCCUUGGGUUUUGUAUGGGUAUUAGAAAGAGGGGGCAGCUCAAAGAUUCGAAGAAGCAGGAAUAAAUAAAACCAUGCUUGUCUGUUUGUAUUGUGUAGGCAUAGAUGUUGUUGCUGUUUACUGCAGACUGCUGCUAGUAGAUUAAGAUUCCAAGUUGUUGUGUUUUUAGUUUUACUCUUACUGUAUGGUCUUGAUGAUUAUCAAUUGUGUGGCCUAUUCUUUUUCUUCCCACAUUCCAAUUGUGUUUCUGUCCUUUGAUGUUCUACUGAUGAUGAUGCAUUGUUACAUCUUUUAACCUAC